GUUUUUUACUAAAUUAAUUCAAUUACAGAAGCUUACUUGAAAGCCAAACAGACAUUUGGGGAUUUAAAUAUUUUAGUAAAUAAUGCAGGAGUUUCUCAAGAAAAUAAGGCUGUGGAUAUUAAUUUGAAUGGCGUGAUAUAUGGUUGCAACAUUGCAUCAAAAUACAUGGGGAAGAAUAAUGGAGGAAAUGGGGGCGCUGUUGUUAAUGUUGCUUCUAUGGCAGCUCUCAGACCUUUUACACUACCAAUCUAUUCAGCAACUAAAGCCGGUGUAGUUAUGUUUACAAGAUGUCAUGGAUUAAAUUACGAAAAAAGCGGAGUUAAAUUCACCUGUGUAUGCCCUAGUGCUAUAAACACCGAAAUGCUGAAAAAUGUCUUAACAUCAGGAGGGGAAAAGAUGAGAGAAUUUGUCAAAAGAAAUCCUGCAAUAGAACCAAGUGAAGUGGCAGAAGCAAUUAUUCAGCUCAUCGAAGAAGGAAAACCAGGAGCAGUUAUGACUGUUAUUAAAGGAGAGAAAAAUGAAUAUGUCAAAUUUACAGAUAAAAUGUAUAUAAAAUAGUAUUAAUUUUGCAGACAUUUUAAUCAUUAUUGAUUAUAGUACAUUUUGAUUUGGAUUCACUAAUUUUCAAUGGCAUUAAAUCUGUAAAUUUUAAGGCAAUAAAUAAAUCUUAAAAAGCUCUA